CCUGAUUUUCUAUAUUUUAAUGGCGCAAGAGACUUACCGAAAGAGGCGUAUAAUCCUAAAACGUACACCAAAUAGACAUUCCCGGACUGUGUAAACACAAUGGCCUCACCUACUGGACCUAGAGAGGGGCAGUGCAGUGAUGUUGAACAUCAGAUACCAGUUUCUGAAUCUGGAACAACUGAUAUCAAUCUUGAUGUACAUUCGGAUUAUGCUGGUACGGUAUCGAACACCUCGAACAUCACCGGAAAUGCGUCUGCAUUCAUGCACACAGACGAUUUGCAGAGAUGUCUCGAUCACAUGACGAGACUGAAUUGUGUGAUUUUAACAGGGAUGUCUGGAAUUGGUAAAACCGAGAUAGCGAAGAAGUACUGGCACACAAAGAAGAGCAACUAUGAUGUCGGAUGGCUCAUACCUAGUAAGUCGAACAAGGAACUAAGGACUUCAAUUUUUCAAUUCUUAGAAAAAUUGGACGCAAUACGCAUAAAAAUUGAUCUAACCAAAGAUAUGGAAUUGCCAAAAGUUCUCGAAAAAAUCCACUUAGAGAUCAGUGGUACUUCAACGGGAAUCAAUUCGAAAAUAAAGUACUUGUUGAUAUUUGAUGAUGUACGUGAGGAGACGCAUCAAGCUAUUGUCGAGGGGUUUCCAUCAAGACCGAACAUAGCUGUCAUUAUUACAACCCAACAAAGCCUUCUGUCAAAUAAAUACUCCUUAGAAUUGAAAGGCUUUACCGAAGAAGAAGCGUUGAAGAUGUUGCACGAUAUAAAUGAUUCUGACGAGCUCAAGCAUAGUUUAUGGGAGGCGAUGAGUCAUCUUCCAAGUGCACUAGUCUGUGCUGGCUAUGACAUAAAGAAAAUUCAGAGAGGCAUAAGACAUUACAUCAAAGGAAUCCAAGAUAAAGAUCAGUACAAGUCUAUAGAAAAACGUGAUCUUCAAAUAUUGGGCAUCAGCUACGAUGGCAAGACUCCAAUCGAGGCACAUGUUAGCAACGCAAAGACCAUGCUCGAUGAAUUGAAAGAAGAAAAUGAAUCGCUUUGUUUUGUUUUGAAAACUAUAGGCUUCUUCAACUCGAAAGAUAUACCCGAGUUCAUACUGAGGGAUAUUUUGAGACAAAGAAAUAUUGAUAAUACUGGGAUUGUGAUUGAAGACGAAAAACUUGAUUAUUUAAUAGAUCAACUAGUAACGAAAAUGCAGGCUAGAUCAUACGUCACCUUAUCACCAAAUGGGAACCAUGGAGAUGAUGGCCGUUUCGUUGAUACCCAUGAUCUAGUACAGCUUGGGAUUCGUUACGCAAUGGAAGAAAAGGACGAGAAACCUAUCUUAGAGACACUCAUGCGAGUUUUGUUGCGUUACUUCGCCAAGGAUACCAGAUACAUGAAGUUUUUCAGUAGAAUAACUCGUCUUAUGCCGCAUGUUGAGACUGUGCUGGAUCAUUUUGAAAAGUUAGGCGUUAUGGACGUAACUUUUGAUAUGAAAGUGAUGGCAAUUGCUAUGAAUGAUAUCCUUGGCUACUCCUAUACACAGAAGAAUUUUAUUGAUGUAGCGGAAGAGAAGCUUACGAAAAGCGUGGAUAUGCUGUACAAAGUGCUCAAUAUAGAAGAACAAGAUUUGGACCGUCAUAUAAAAGGAGGGCUUCAAGGUAAAGACAGGGACGAUGUCGAGAAGUUUGCCCAGGAGAAAGCGAAAUUUAUAUUUAGCAAGCUGAAAGGAUUGGGGGAUAUCUUGGUCGACAAACUUGUGCUGAACACAGUUCUGAACACAGCUGAUGUUAACCUCAUAGAAUCAAAACUGCCAAAAGUGAAAUUACCAAAGCUACUAUCACAGAAUAGAACGGAUAGGAAGAUUUAUGAUACGUUAGUUGAUAAUGAACUGGCGAUAUCAGAAGAAAUCAUGAAAACAAUAUACCUUCCAGAAUUAUUUGCUUCAGUAUUGUAUAGCCAUGGACGUAUGUACUUCUACAAGUCUACGAAGGACAGAACAAAUACGUUUAUUUCCAAUUUACGAGUUGCAUCUGCCCUGUGCGAGAUUAUCCAAAAGAAAAUGAAAUGCGUUGUCCUACAUAGAAUACUAACGCAACGAAACGGUCUGAUGUAUCUUUACUCUGAGAAAACUGACGAGUUUGGAGAGGAAAAAGAUGGCAAUAAAAUACUAGAGGAUUUGUAUAAAGGGAAGAGUGAAUACGAAAAGUUGAGAAGGCGAACUGAUGAAGAGGAUUGGUACCAGUACGGAAUUCUCAAGGUCACCCAAGGUGAUUCGUUCCACAAGUGUAAAUGCUUGGAAAAGAUCAUUUACAUUUGUACAGAAAUCCUGAAGUUAGAGACUUCGCUUCAGAAAAGAGAAGGGGUCGUCGAAGAAGGUAGAGACGCGACAAGAGAGCUAAUGGACGUACUUGAUCACCAAGAGAAGGAAUCAAAGCUGCAUAAAGCGUCAAACUUCUACUCCGUCACAGCAAAGUUCUACGACGAGGCCAAGUGCUGGGAUGAGGCCUUCAACUACUAUACGAAAACCAUUGAUCGAUGCAAGCAUCCAGACAGAGGCAAUAUUGAAUGGAAAAAAUAUGGCGAAUGUUGCCUGUCUGUAAUGCGUGUUGCCAGGAACGUCGACAAAAAAGAAAAAAUCGUAAAGGAAUUCUUCGAUGCAGUCAAUACAAUCCGACAUGGCCAUAUCGUUUUCAGAAGAUGUGCUAGGAAGGUUUUUGCAGUCUGGAUCUGUACCUCACCCUGA